AUGGGGGGCUGCCAAUCUCAUCAGAGCAGCUACUCAAGUCCGCACUCGAGAAGCAAAAGCGGCCGAUUGGUUGGGAGAAACCUCUCAGCAUUCGAGCGCUUGAGCUGGAAAGCAACUCCGUACGCGACAAUCGCGCACUGGUUCCAGGUCCAGGGCCCAGCGACAGCACAAGAUCUGGCUGAAGCCCUGAGUCUGGUCCAUCAUCACUUUGCGGCACUUCAGGCCAUCAUCCAAGACAAGCGCUUCUUCCUGCGGCCAGAUCUCAAGCCAGAGAUCGUGAUCGAUCAGGAGGCGGACGUGUCCCCUCAGUCUCUGGCUCUGGAGGGCGCUGCGGAGGCCUCCAAAGGAAUCGCCCCAACCUGGCAGGAGUGUGAAGGCCGGCUGCUAUGGCGAGCCAGGAUCCUGCGUGAGGGCUGGUUGAUGCUCACCUUUCAUCACGCCAUCGUGGAUGAGAAGAGCAUCUGGAUGCUGAUGCGCGAGUUUGUUUCCAUACUGUCUGGUCGCCAGCGCUCGUCCCCGAAGAUUGCCUUAGACCUCCGGCUUUCAGAGCUGCUGGAUCAACCGUCCUCACGCUUUACGAAGCUUAUGGAGCAACGGCAGGGGGGCCGACUUCCAGGGAAGGCGGUGGGGAGAUUAGCCGACAUGGUGCCACUGGGAUCCCCUCGAGGGAAGUUGAAACCGAGAGAAGGGAAGGAGUGGCCGAAGCCGGACGGACUGGCACCUUGGCAGUGUCGAACAACGCGUGCACAGGUGGCCUCUGUUCCCUUGGCGGGGAAGCUGCGGGCCAUUUGCCGAGAACGCAAGCUGACGGUCAACACGGCUUUGUUGGCCAGCUUGGCCUUGUCCCUCCGCAAGCAGAUGUCACGGCAGGGGAAGGUGGGCAUGCGCCCUAUCCUAGCUGUUGAUGCGCGCAUGCAUGUUCCUGAUGGCCAGGACUUGUUUGGCUCUUACUCACUCGGGGCUCGCUUUCGCAGCGGAUGGGGUACCCUUGAUGUGGCCGAGAACACGGACUUUUGGGACUUGGCAGUGUGCGCCAAGAAGGCCGUGGAGGAUGCGGGGAAGAAGCUGGAGGCCCACAACAUCGCCUGGUACAUGCGGUUCCUGACUGCCGCCAUGGGAAAGAAGGACGUCGCGUGGCUUCAAGGUGCCCUCGACCUUGAUGGCCCAGACCAAGGCAGAACCAAUGCGUUUCUCAUCAGCAACGCAGGAAUUCUGCCUGAGCUGGAAUCUGGCGAUUUCAAGAUCUUGCAGUCACACUUCGUCUCGCAUCAAGCAGCCUGGGGUCCUUUCGUGUGGUUAAAUGUGAUGACCCUGGACGACAACAUGUUCCUCACCCUCUGCUACGUCGACCCGCUACUAAGCGAUGAGAAGGCAGCAGACGUCCUCGCGCUUGUCAUCUCAAACCUGGAAGCAGCCUGCACCUCGCUCGACAGGAGCAAGAAAAUUCUACAAAAUGCAUUCGAUGAUCCAACAGCCCAGCAGGGCUGCGAAAAAGACAAAGAAAUCGCUGUGUGA